AGCACAGCCUGCAGGUGACAGAAGGAGAGGAGAGAAAGGGGAAAGGGGAGAGAGACUGCAGGAUAUGUACGGUGUGAGCAGGCUGUGAGCUCACUCACAGACAAUGACAAGGCUGAUAUCUCUGAGACAAUUAAAAGUGCACAGAGGCUGAGGUUGGGGUCUUGAAGAGCAGCUGCGGUAAAGAGGAAAAUAUCCAGGAGGCUGGAAUACAAUUAUGAAAUGAGAAGAAAGAAAGAGCUCCCUAAUCUUCUACUCCUUAAGAGAUGCUGAAGGUCAUGAAAAUAAAUAAAAGUUGUGGAGCUGAAUAAUCAUUUUCCCAAGGGAAAGGAAAAAUUUAUAGUACAGCAGGAGGAGUGUCUCAGAGAAUGGUCUGGAAUUGUCAUUAUCUUCUGCACUCUGAGCAGGACUCCAAGCUCAGGAUCUGCAGAUGCCCAACAGCAGCUCCAUCAGCGAGUUCCUCCUGCUGCCAUUGGCAGACACGCGGCAGCUGCAGCUCCUGCACUUCUGGCUCUUCCUGGGCAUCUACCUGGCUGCCCUCCUGGGCAACGGCCUCAUCAGCACAGCCGUAGCCUGCGACCGCCGCCUGCACACCCCCAUGUACUUCUUCCUCCUCAAUCUGGCCCUGCUUGACCUGGGCUGCAUCUCCACCACUGUCCCCAAAGCCAUGGCCUACGCCCUCUGGGACACCAGGGCCAUCUCCUAUGCAGGAUGUGCUGCACAGAUCUUUUGCUUUGUCUUCUUUGCCUCAGCAGAGUAUUCCCUUCUCACCAUCAUGUCCUAUGACCGCUACGUUGCCAUCUGCAAGCCCCUGCACUACAGGACCUUGAUGGACAGCAGAGCUUGUGCCACCAUGGCAGCAGCUGCCUGGGGCACUGGGGUUCUCCUCUCUCUUCUGCACACUGCCAGUACGUUUUCACUGCCUCUCUGUCAAGGGAAUGUUGUCAACCAGUUUUUCUGUGAAAUUCCCCAGAUCCUCAAGCUCUCCUGCUCAGCCUCUUACCUCAGGGAAGUUGUGUUUCUCAUUUUUAGUGCCAGUUUAUUCUUUGGCUGUUUUGUUUUCAUCGUUGUGUCGUAUGUGCAGAUCUUCCUUGCUGUGCUGAGGAUGCCCUCUGAGCAGGGAUGGCACAAAGCCUUCUCCAUGUUCCUCCCUCACCUGGCCGUGGUCUCCCUGUUUCUCAGCACUGCUUCUUUUGCCUACCAGAAGCCCCCGUCCAUUUCCUCCCCACUCCUGGACCUGACAGUGGCACUUCUGUACUCAGUGGUUCCUGCAACACUGAACCCUUUUAUCUACAGCAUGAGGAACAGGGAGAUCAAGCACGCUCUCUGGAAGAUGUUGCAAUACACACUAUUCCAUCUUCAAUAAAGUGCACGUCCUCCUCACAUGA